AUGACGCCCGCUCUGGCGCUCCUGGCCACCUUGCUCGUCGCCGUCGCCACGGACCAUAACCGGUUCGCGUCGGCGUACACCCAGGAGGGCGGCGCGUACCGGUUCCCCACCGGCUCCAACGAGCUUCAUCGCGCCAAGUACGGCGACUCGAGGGUCGACGUCGCCACCGAGGCGGACCUGCGCGCCGCCAUGGAGGACCCGUACAUCUCCGAGAUUUGGAUCCGCUCCGACAUCACGCUGACGAACUCGCGACCCCUGCCCGCGCUGCGCAACCUGCGCCGCCUGACGAUGGUGGGGCGUUGCAACUACGGAUGGGACGAGGACAUCGCGCGAAGCGCCGGGGGCGCGCGGGACCCCGACGCGGCGAAGUGCGUCAUCGACGCGGACGGCAAAUCGGGAAUCUUCGAGGUGUACGGCCCGGCGCGGCUCGACCUGUGGGACCUGUCGCUGACGAACGGCGACGUCGACGGUUUCGGCGGCGCGGUCGCGGUGACGUACGGGCGUGUGGAGCUGAAUCAUUGCGAGCUGCGGGGGAACAACGCGACGCGAGGCGGGGCUGUGUCCAACUGGCACGGGGAGAUCAACUUUCACGCAACGGAACUCGUCGACAACACCGCGGUUCGCUCCGGUUCGCACGUGUACCAUUGGGGCGGAUUGAUGAAGACGGCGAACUCGACGAUCCAGGGAAAAAAGUUUUUGUGCAACAGGGCGCCGGCGUCGGAGACGUACUGGGACGACGACGCGGGGCCUGGCAAACCCUUCCCGUGAUGAGCGUCACUCGCGAGCGUCGCGUAAGUAAAAGUUUCUCUUUUUAAUCACGUCAAUCACAUCGA